GUAUGGAUUUGGAUAGAAAGUGAUUUAUGCUCUUAAUCAAGAACCAUUCUUGAUUUAUUUUUUUUUUUAGUGUUUUUCUUCUUCAUCAAUGUCCACCUUCUGAUUUUCAAGAAUCCAUUUUUAUUCGACUGGUUUCCAUGGCUUUACCUCAAAUCUUACCUUCCCCUUCUUCUUCUUCUUUCACUCACAAACCCCAUUUAAACCCCAGUAAUUUUUUCUUAAUCCCUCAAUCUAAUUACCCCCAAUGUCAGUUUUCCCCUCAAUCAUUACUCCAACGCCGGCGCCGGCGUAACUCGAACAGUAUCCGAUGCUCUGCUUCGUCCUUCCCGGAGAAGCACCACACUGGUUCACCUAAAUCCGACGACGUCGUUGAGCUACCCCUUUUCCCUCUUCCUCUCGUUCUCUUCCCUGGAGCUAUUCUCCCGCUCCAAAUCUUCGAGUUUCGUUACCGGAUAAUGAUGCAUACCCUUCUCCAAACUGACCUCCGUUUUGGGGUUAUUUACUCUGAUAGCGCCACCGGAACCGCCGACGUCGGCUGCGUUGGAGAAGUCGUCAAGCACGAACGGCUGGUGGAUGACCGGUUUUUCUUAAUCUGUAAAGGGCAGGAGCGGUUUCGGGUCAAUAAACUAGUCCGGUCUAAACCGUAUUUGGUUGCAGAGGUGACGUGGCUGGAGGACCGGCCGUCGGCGAAUGGGGAGGAUGACGUGGAGGGUUUGGCGAAUGAGGUGGAGAGUUAUAUGAAAGAUGUGAUUCGUUUAUCAAACAGAUUGAAUGGGAAACCGGAAAAGGAGGCAACGGAUUUGCGAAGGAAUUUGUUUCCAACGCCAUUUUCGUUCUUCGUUGGAAGUACGUUUGAAGGAGCGCCAAGGGAACAACAAGCAUUGCUUGAAUUAGAAGAUACCGCGAUGAGAUUGAAGAGGGAGAAGGAGACUUUGAGGAAUACUUUGAACUAUCUAAGUGCUGCUUCUGCUGUGAAGGAUGUGUUUCCAUCUUCCUGAUGAAAGAAUGUGUAAGAAUUUUUGAAGCUGAAUUACCUAAAGGAGGUGUUGACUUGUUAGGUUACUAUGGUUUCUGUAAUGUAUACACAGUGAUGAAUUGUCUUAUGAAUAUGUAAAUUUUGAUGCCUAAUACUAGUUCCACAAGGUUUUAAUA